AUUUUUCAGAGAAGAUGGUGGUGGCUGUUGAUAUUGAUGAGGUUCUUGGAAACUUUGUAUCAGCAAUCAAUCAGUUUGUUGCAGAUCGUUACUCACUGUGUCACUCUGUGUCUGAAUAUCACGUUUAUGAGUUUGCCAAGAUAUGGAGAUGCUCAAAGGACGAAGCAAACAUUCGUGUUCAUGAGUUUUUUGACUCGUCUUAUUUCAAGACAGCAAUCCAUCCCAUUCCUGGUGCUCAGCAAGCUAUACAAAACCUAUCCAAAGUUUGUAAUAUGUCAAUAGUUACGUCACGGCAAUAUGCAAUUCAAGAUCAUACAGUUGAGUGGAUUGAGAAGCACUAUCCUGGCCUUUUUCAGAAAAUUUAUUUUGGAAAUCACUUUGCAUUAAAUGGAAAAUCCACACCCAAAUCAGAGAUUUGCAGGUCACUGGGAGCAAAAGUUUUGAUUGAUGAUAAUCCUAAUUAUGCCAUUGAGUGUGCCUAAUAAAUGGGUUUUGGUGUAGGUCACUGGGAGCAAAAGUUUUGAUUGAUGAUAAUCCUAAUUAUGCCAUUGAGUGUGCUGAAGUUGGGAUCAAGGUUCUUUUGUUUGAUUAUGAAAAUUCAUAUCCAUGGUGCAAGUCAGACUUUGUUAAUGGCCACCCACUAAUCACCCGCGUCCAAAAUUGGGAAGAAGUGGAGCUUCAGUUAUCAUCUUUGAUCCUCCCCAGUAAUAAUAAUAUCAUCAUUUCACAGUAAAUCAGUUUCAUACAUCGCUAAUUUGUGUAUGGUAGUUCGCUGGAAUGUUAGCCCCAUGCAAAAUGUUGAGGCUAUCGCUUCAAAACUUGUACUCUAAUUGUUACAUAGCAUUUAACAAUAUUGACUGACGUGUAGUCUUUAUUCUUGAGUUAUCUUUCGUUUUUUUUUUGCAUUACGGGACAGUGGGACACUUGUAGUGAAUAUUCCAUAUAUGAUGUCAUGAUGUAUCACAUCAUAUCAUAUGUAAGUUUACCUUUCAGAUUAUUUGUAACUUUGUAAGUUAAAAAUGUAUUACUCCAUACUUCUUUGAGGAAAAUGAUACAUCGGCGUACUGUUCAA